GAGGGCGGGGCCAAGACAAGGGGCGGGGCUGCCGAGACCUUGGGCCCGCGAGAACGAAAAUUUGGGUUCGAUUAAGCCGCAUAGGAAAAGAUCAGGGAAGUCUGGGCCCAUCUGGGCGUCGGAGCCCGCUAGGUCAGCCGUCAUCGAAUACAGAAUAUGUUUUCGAGGACGCUAAUAUAUAGUCAUGACCAAUUUCAGUUCCUCUACUUUCUGCGGGCCGUCGCAAUAAAAAAAAAAAACUACAUCUCCCAGAAACCUCCACGAAAAUAAGGCUCACCUUGCGUAACCACGUAGUCCUUCGCCGCAUUGGGGCAAAAUAAUCCCUUCAUUUUUCUGAAGGGACCGUGGAAAAUAUUUCAUUUUUCUCCUCACCGGAGCAAUUGUAAAUGCUGUGCGGUAAGAGGAGUUACCUGUGGAAAGGUGGUUAAGAGAUUAGGUAAAGAAAAGGAAAGGACACCAAAAUAAAGUGCUGCGGAAGAAUUUUUGUCCAGCUGUGAGACGACGAGUGCGUGAAGUGAAGGCGAUUGAGAGGGGCUGAGGGAAUUGUCCUCUGUGCAAGGGACUUUCUUUAGGCCCCAGGCCCCUUCCUGCCCCUGUCGUCAGCAGAGAGAUGGAAAACUUGAUGACUAGCUCCACCCUGCCGCCCCUUUUUGCAGAUGAAGAUGGCUCCAAGGAGAGUAAUGAUCUGGCUACCACUGGGUUAAAUCACCCAGAGGUUCCAUACAGUAGUGGCGCUACAUCAUCCACCAACAAUCCAGAAUUUGUGGAGGAUCUCUCCCAAGGUCAGUUGCUUCAGAGUGAGUCUUCAAAUGCAGCAGAAGGCAAUGAACAGAGGCAUGAAGAUGAGCAACGAAGUAAACGAGGAGGUUGGUCCAAAGGAAGAAAGAGGAAGAAACCUCUUCGAGACAGCAAUGCACCCAAAUCCCCUCUUACAGGAUAUGUUCGGUUCAUGAAUGAGCGUCGAGAACAGCUUCGAGCAAAGAGACCAGAAGUCCCAUUUCCAGAAAUCACAAGGAUGUUAGGCAAUGAAUGGAGUAAACUGCCUCCUGAGGAAAAACAGCGCUACCUUGAUGAAGCAGACAGAGAUAAGGAGCGCUACAUGAAGGAACUGGAACAGUAUCAGAAAACUGAGGCCUACAAGGUCUUCAGUAGGAAAACCCAGGACCGUCAGAAAGGCAAAUCUCAUAGGCAAGAUGCAGCCCGGCAGGCCACUCAUGAUCAUGAGAAAGAAACAGAGGUAAAGGAACGGUCUGUUUUUGACAUCCCUAUAUUUACAGAGGAAUUCUUGAACCAUAGCAAAGCUCGGGAGGCAGAGCUCCGCCAGCUUCGCAAAUCCAACAUGGAGUUUGAGGAGAGGAAUGCAGCCCUGCAAAAGCACGUGGAGAGCAUGCGCACAGCAGUGGAGAAGCUGGAGGUGGAUGUGAUCCAGGAGCGGAGCCGCAACACAGUCUUACAGCAGCACCUGGAGACCCUGCGGCAGGUGCUGACCAGCAGCUUUGCCAGCAUGCCCUUGCCUGGAAGUGGAGAGACACCUACAGUGGACACCAUUGACUCAUAUAUGAACAGACUGCACAGUAUUAUUUUAGCUAAUCCCCAAGACAAUGAAAACUUCAUAGCUACAGUUCGAGAAGUUGUGAACAGACUUGAUCGUUAGGGAAUGGUCUUAGAGCUCCAAGAUGUUCCAUAAGUGUUUUUACUUGUAAGGAAUGAGAAGCCAUCCAUGGAAAUUUGAACUGAGUGGGGGUGGAGAAAGAGUGCAGAUCCCUUUGCUUGUGAAAGAAUUUUCAGUGAGUGAAAGGCCGUCACCCCAGGAAGCCAUAUGAAGGAGCAGCAACAUGUAUAUGAGCUUCCUAUGGAAUUGUCCUUCUGUGAAACUUUGAAGGUAUGCAGCCACUCUCCCAGGUCUUCAGGUUCCUACCAUUUCCAUUUCUGUUAAAGUGGAGCUGCAUAUCUUCAGCUUACUGGGUGACCCUGAUGCUGACAUCUGCUGCUGCAGAAAGGAAGACUUCUCUUCUUGUAAUUUCACUUAGACCCUUUUAUCAGUGGAGCUCCAGUUUUCUUACCUACUUGUCACUUUUUUAAAUGCCUCUGGGGGUUAUUUUUGCUUUUCUUGGCCCCCACCAAUUUAUACAUCUCCAUUUUCUGACCUCUGAACUUUGUUGCUCAGCAAGGUUCUGAAGGAGAGUUUCUUGCGUUAGACAGGCCCAAUCUUCUCCCAUCAUUGCCCUGCUGUGACUCCAAAGAAAGGAGCUUCUUGUUGAUAGUGCCAUGUGGAGCAAGGCUAUGUUUCCUACCCCACAUGGUGCUCAGUGGGUACCAGUCUUA